UAGGAGCAGAAUCCAUCCAUGCAUCCAUGUCCUCCAACUAUAGUGUGUUCUGGUCCAGGAGUCAGAGGAAAAGUGGAGGGGAGCGGAAUUAACGGGCAGUUUGAUUUUCUCGGGGACAGUAACUUUAAAGGACUUAAAAAAACUUGCCUGGAAAUCGGAAUGUUUUUCUCCUAAUGUUGAGUUUCCGUUUACCUGUUUUACAUAUGAACCCCGUUAAGUAAGUUUGAAACACUUUAUGGGUGCAAUGGCUGAGCCGCUGAGUUUCAUGCAUCAUGAUCAUGGCUCCAGCAGCGAGCGGAGCGACGACUCACCGUCUGCCGUGUCUGAGGAUGACUCUAGCGGCCACUGCGGCCACAUCUCCCCGCCUGACCCAGACUGGACCGAGGAGAGGUUUCGAGUUGACCGCAAGAAACUAGAAACUAUGUUACUGGCAGCCAGUGAGGGAAGGAUAAAUGGAGGAGAGGAUUUUUUUCAGAAGGUCAUGGAUGAAACAAACACUCAGAUUGCCUGGCCAUCCAAACUGAAGAUUGGAGCAAAGUCCAAAAAAGAUCCACAUAUUAAGGUCAGCGGAAAGAGGGAAGAUGUGCGAGAGGCCAAAGAGACAAUAAUGUCCGUUCUUGACACAAAGAGUAAUCGAGUGACCCUGAAGAUGGACGUAUCACACACAGAACACUCGCAUGUUAUUGGGAAAGGAGGGAAUAACAUCAAACGAGUUAUGGAAGAGACGGGCUGUCACAUACACUUUCCAGACUCCAACAGGCACAGCCAGGGGGAGAAGAGCAACCAGGUGUCGAUUGCGGGGCAGCUGACUGGUGUUGAGGCAGCACGAGUUAAAAUACGGGAGCUGUUGCCGUUGAUGCUGAUGUUUGAAUGCAGUGGUGUGGUGCAGCAUGUGGACUGUAGCUCUCCUGUAGUUCAGCAUAUCUCCCACACUUACAACGUCUCCAUCUCCUUCAAAGCACCCUCCCGUCUCUAUGGCAACACUGCCAUCGUCCGUGGCAACCAGAACAAUGCCAGUGGUGUUAAGCGCGGUACGGCUUUGUUAUUGGAGCACCUCGCUGGGUCUUUGGCCGGCUCAGUGCUGGUCAGCACACAACUGGACAUCGCGCCCCAGCACCACCACUUCCUUUUGGGCCGCAACGGAGCCAAUGUCAAACACAUUUCCCAGCGCACCGGAGCCAAUAUUCACUUCCCCGAGCACAACACUCACACUAGCCGCUCUGCUGUCUACAUACAGGGCAGUGUUGAUGGUGUAUGUGCGGCUAGACAGCAGCUAAUGGGUUGUCUGCCGUUGGUGCUGCUGUUUGACAUUAAGGAGGAGAUGGAGGUGGCAUCUCAGGUCGUCACUACACUUAUGGAGCAGCUAGACGUCUUCAUCAGUAUUAAACCGAAACCGAAACAACCAGGCAAGUCUGUGAUAGUGAAGAGCGUGGAAAGAAAUGCUGGGAGUAUGUAUGAGGUGCGCAAGAUCCUGUUGGGGCUGGAGUCCAGCAGUGCGCCCUCUUCUUUCAACCAUGUCACUGUUAACGGACAUGCUCCUGCCUCCCCUCCCCUGAUUGGCUCCAUUGGACUGGACACGUUAGCUUCAGCUGAACUGAGGCUGAGAACUCUGGCUGGUAUUUUAAGGUCUGUCAGUCCCAUUUCUAAUGGUUCCCCAAACCCAAACUGUGUUCUUAAUGGACACGGCUCUGUGUUGAACCUUCAAAAAGGAGCAGUGAACAACACGCAACACAUUCAUACAUCUGCUCACACCCACUCACACACAUCUGCUCACACAUAUUCACAUGCUCCGGGUCACACUGCUUCACUAUGGGCCAGUGCGCUUAGUUCAACAACUAACACAUCAGGGUUUUCCACAGACCUGAUGUUGCAGUCAGUGUCUCAGACGACUCUCAGUGGUCUUCUGCUCUCUGGGGUCCAGAGUCAAGCACACGCUCACACACCGUCCCCUCCACCUGGACUCACACCAAUACACAAACCACCCAAUGCAGAGCAUCUCAAUGGACAUCUCGCAAAUUCUGUGUAUAGCCGAAUCUCCUCUGUAGCACUGAACCCUACCCAUUGUGACACAGCCCAGGAAGUCAUUGGACACACUCAAUCAGAAUCCAUUUCCAAUAAAUCUACAGAUGAAGGCUCAGAUACUUUUGUCGAAGUGGGCAUGCCAAGAAGUCCGUCUCACUCAGCCAAUAGCAGUGAUCUGAAGCAGAUGCUGGCCUCGGUGUCGUCAGGGAAACGGCAUACGAUGGAACUUCUGCAGAGAACCAAGAACUCACUUCUCCAUGUUGAGUGUGUGUUGGCCGAUUCUGAUUGUGAGAAUCCAGUGGCUGAUAAAAGGGCACCAGGAAGUGAGAGAGCUGCAGAAAGGCGACUAGGACCACAUAUGCAGGCUUAUGACUAUGAGAAAAAGAAGCUACUGGCCACUAAAGCCAUGCUGAAGAAGCCUGUUGUGACAGAGAUUCGAACACCCACAGAUACCUGGAGUGGAUUGGGCUUCUCUAAAUCAAUGCCAGCUGAGGGCCUGAAAGAGCUACGCAGGGCACACCAUGUGCCAUAUAAACCCAGCAUGAGCACAACGUAUGAGGACCCGCAUCUCUCUGUGUCACUGUCUGGGAGCCAGGAGGGUUUGGGGAAUGACACCAAAUCCGAUAAUUGGGGGGAUUUGAAUGGGAAUGUUAACGUCAGUGGGAACGGACUGUCAGGAAAUUCUGAAUUUUCCCCUGCUAUCAGCAGCCCUAAGAGAAUGAAGAACAAAUCUUUAGGUGAGCAGUAUCUCAGCAGCAGUAAUUAUAUGGACAGUAUCUCUAUGUCUGGCAGUAAUGGCUGCUCUCUCAAAGGAACAGAUCUCCCAGAGCUCUUCAGCAAACUCGGUCUCGGAAAAUAUACAGACAUCUUCCAACAGCAGGAGAUUGAUCUGCAAACAUUUGUUACAUUAACGGAUCCCGAUCUGAAGGAACUGGGAAUCACAACAUUUGGUGCUCGCAGGAAAAUGAUACUGGCGAUCUCAGAUCUGAAUAAGAGCAGGAGGAAGCUUUUUGACAUGCCCAACAUUCGUUCGUCUUUCUUAGAAGGCGGGGCCAGCGGUCGCCUGUCGCGCCAGUACCACUCAGACAUGGCAAGUGUCAGUGGUCGCUGGUGAUGUCUUACCUGCAGGAUUCUGGACCACAAACCACUUCAUACUGGACUCUGGUUGAUAUAGAAAGCCAAAAAGUGAUGCAGAUUCUUGCAGAUCUAAAAACAAAUGUGUUGGGAUGCCAAUAAGGUUGUGCCUAAAAAUAUAUGAAGGGAAUUUAUUCAAUAUUGUUAAGAGAAUGUUCCACUAAUAUGGUCUUGCAUUUACUCUGGGAGAACAGGGAGAGCACAGAGUUUAAAACUAACCAUACUGUCAGCAAGAGCGCUUCGGUAUUGGUGUCUAGCACUUUAAUCUGUAAACUCUGCUGUUUUUGCUGGUAACGUCAGACUGUCCAGUGUCAAAGCCAAACAUGUGCACUUAUUUAGCAGGUAAUUCCAGAUCACACACAAAGAUCACCACAACCAGCUGAUGCUUAUGUUGUUUACCAGACUGUUGUAUUCAUGUUCAGUGUUUAAUUAUACAUUGGUUAUUGUGGUAUUGUUGUAUUUUAAUACAUUUUGUUUUAUAGUUUUCAUAUUUUAUGUUAAUCUUUUUAAAAGGCAUUAUCGUUUAACUUUUUUUUUAUUUUGACUGUUUGUUGUUUUGUCUGAUUAAUCAGAACGCCUCAUAGUCAUCUCAAACAGAUGUCAGUCAUCAUUUUGGUGUAAAUGAAGUCUCUGGUUUUCUGUCGAAGAGCAGAAUGCCGUAAAAUGUUUUGGAAUAUCAUUAUUUGCAUGUACUUGUUGCACAAACAUCAAAUUUAAGCUGCAUUCGGUACUUGUGAAGUUGUUUGCAUGUAUAAUGGAAUUAGUUUUCUUUGUAUGUGCAAAACAUAUGUCUAUCUGGCAGGUGUUUUGUUAGGGUUGUGUGUGUGCGCGUGCGUGUGUGUGCGCUUGUCCUUUAGCUCAAACAAAGCCAUAAAUAAAACUCAAGGGUUACUGGGUUACUUACUAAAUAUUUUUUUCAUUUUGUCAAAGUUUUUGUUUUGUUUAUUUUCAGCCAGAUUGUAUAUAUCAAUAGAAGUAUUCACAGUAAAUCAAUGUUACCCAAUUUUUUUUUCUCUUUGUUUAAAUUUAUAUGAGGCCUGUAGUGCAUUUACGGUACAGCCUGCAAAGAUGAAUGUAUAACGCGUAGAAAGAGCUUUUUGAAAUCAUCAUCUGUUGUGAAAUACUUUAUUAGAAACCAUGCUAAUCUGUUUUAUAUGCUUUAAUUUUUGUUUUAUGACAGGAAAAUAAUGACAGUCUCUAAAAUAUUGCACAAACCACUUGUGGUACUUGUCUUGUUAUAUUAUUAAUUGCUUGAUUCUAGAUCCAAAGUGAAAAUCUCAUGAGAUUUAUAUGCAAAAUAUGUCUGCAUAUGACUUGUAGAGGUUAAAUGUAUACCGUAGUGGAACCAGUGUAUAUGGUUACUGAGCAGGGUUAGUGAUUUGUUUUUAUUUUUUGCAUCUGACAAAUCAUGUGUUCAUUCAGUUAUUUUCCGCUUGUCAUCUGAAACAACUUCACUGUUUUAACAGUGCCAUACAUUUUUUUUUAUAUAUAUUAUUUUUAUUUUUUCUGGGAGAACAACUGUGUUGUUCUGUUUAUUUGGUUGUGCUACCUUCCUCCUGGAGUGGAGCAUAAUAGGAGUAAUGUUUUUAUUUUGUUUUGUUUAAGUCUUUGACAAAGGGAACCAUGUUCAUGUUUGUGCCUUAUACGAAUGUUCUAUAAAUCCAAAUCAGUGUCUCCUAAAGUGUUGCCAGAGUUUUUCCUCUCUGGAAGUAACAGGGGGAAAAGGAUUUAAAACAAAAGCGAAAGAACAAAAAAUAUAUUUUUUGAAAUGUUCUUUGUGGUUUUGUUCUAGAAAAUAAAAAUGUUUGCAAGCCAAA